UCGUCUUCCUAGCCUGCUAAGCUAACUCAUUUCGUAUGCUGCUGGAAUAAGACAUGGGGGCUGUGUUUCACAGCCUUUACUGAUAGCAGCGGUGCAUGUAAUCCAUUUCUCAUCAGCCUGAAAGCUGAGAGUCCCUUUCGUUUUUUACGCUGCUGGGCCAAGUCUGAACAUGGAGUCGAUGUUGAACAAGCUGAAAAGCACCGUCACCAAAGUGACAGCGGACGUGACCAGCGCUGUCAUGGGCAACCCGGUGACGCGGGAAUUCGAGGUGGGCCGACAUAUUGCGAGCGGAGGUCCUGGCCUCUGCUGGAGGAUCUAUAACGGCACCAAGAAGUCCACCAAACAGGAAGUGGCUGUUUUUGUGUUCGAUAAGAAGAUGAUCGACAAGUAUCAGAAGUUUGAGAAGGACCAGAUCAUCGAUUCGCUGAAGAAAGGCGUUCAGCAGCUGACCAGACUGCGUCACCCGCGCCUGCUGACCGUGCAGCAUCCUCUGGAAGAGUCACGAGACUGCCUGGCGUUCUGCACAGAGCCAGUGUUUGCCAGUCUGGCCAACGUUCUGGGCCAGUGGGACAACCUGCCCAGCCCCGUGCCCAACGACAUCAAAGAAUACAAACUCUAUGAUGUGGAGACCAAAUAUGGCUUACUACAGAUCUCGGAGGGUUUGUCUUUUCUUCACAGCGGGGUUAAGAUGGUUCACGGUAACUUGUGUCCAGAGAAUAUCAUCCUCAAUAAGAGCGGCGCCUGGAAGAUCAUGGGCUUUGACUUCAGCAUCUCCUCAAGCAACCCUUCAGACGCCGAGCUAAAGUACACGUGCAGAGAGUGGGAGCCCAACCUUCCACCUCUCUGCCUCCCCAACCCGGAGUACCUGGCCCCCGAGUACAUCCUGUCGGUCAGCUGCGACGCAGCCUCCGACAUGUACUCCCUCGGCGUUGUAAUGCACGCCGUCUUCAACGAAGGCAAACCCGUCAUCCAAGUCAACAAGCACGAUAUUUUUAAGAGUUUCAGCAGGCAGCUGGACCGGCUGAGCAGCAUGAAUUCAGCACUGCUGAGUAAGCUCCCAGAAGAGGUGCGGGAGCACGUCAAGAUGUUACUCAGCGUCUCCCCGACCGUUCGACCCGACGCGGACCAGAUGACCAAGAUUCCAUUUUUCGACGACGUCGGGGCGGUAACGCUGCAGUACUUUGACACCCUCUUCCAGAGGGACAACCUGCAGAAAUCUCAGUUCUACAAAGGUUUACCAAAAGUGCUGCCAAAGCUACCAAAGAGGGUUGUGGUGUACCGCAUAUUGCCAGCGUUGACCUCGGAGUUCGUCAACCCGGACAUGGUUCCGUUUGUGCUGCCCAACGUGCUGCUUAUCGCUGAGGAGUGCACCAAGGAGGAGUACGUUCGCCUCAUCCUGCCCGACCUCACGCCUGUGUUCAAACAGCAGGAGCCUCUCCAGGCUAGUAAUAUGAUCCUGCUAAUAUUCCUGCAAAAGAUGGACCUGCUUCUGACUAAGACGCCGCCGGAUGACAUCAAGAACAGCGUGCUUCCCAUGGUGUACCGGGCUGUGGAGGCUUCCUCAGUACAGAUCCAGGAGCUGUGCUUGAACAUCAUCCCAACGUUUGCCAACCUGAUCGACUACCCGUCCAUGAAGAAUUCGCUCAUCCCGCGCAUCAAAUCCGCCUGCCUGCAGACGUCCUCUCUCGCUGUGCGAGUUAACUCUCUGGUGUGUAUGGGAAAGAUUUUGGAGUAUCUAGAUAAGUGGUAUGUCAUCGACGAGAUCCUUCCCUUCCUGCAACAGAUCCCCUCUAGAGAACCGGCUGUACUGAUGGGCAUUUUGGGAAUUUAUAAAUGCACCUUUGCCCACAAGAAGCUUGGCAUCCCCAAAGAGCAUCUCGCCACAAAGAGUUUGCCCCACCUCGUCUCUCUUAGUAUAGACAAUAACCUCAAUCUAAAUCAGUUUAACUCUUUUAUGAUGGUAAUCCGUGAUAUGAUGAACCGCAUGGAGGCUGAACACAAGACCAAAUUGGAGCAGCUGCACAUCAUGCAGGAGCAGCAGAGGAGUCUAAACAUCACAAAUCCAGUUAGCUCAACAGAAGAGAUUAAAAACACUCCCAGCUCUGGAAACCAGAUCGACGACAUAUUUGGCAGCACGAGUGUUAAGGGGAAGGAAAAUGGAUCUGCUGCUACACCUUCACAGCCUAAUCGGGUGUCUCUGACUCUGGAGGAGAAACAAAGGCUGGCCAAGGAGCAGGAGCAGGCCGCUAAACUGAGGAGCCAGCAGCCGUUGGCUCCUCAGACCAUCAAACCAGCCGCCUCCAGCAGCUCACAGACUAAAGAUCUGACCAGCAGCCUGCUCAACAGCAUGACGUCUCUCAACAGCCUGUCCUUGGCGGGCCCGGUGCGACCUCCCCCAGUGCAAGGCACCACCAUGUCCGGCUUCCCCUCCUCCGCUCCGAUGGUGGGUCCGGUCUCUAACGGGUUCAACCCGGGCAUGGGCUUCCAAACGGGAGGCAUCGGGAUGGGCAUGCGGCCCUCGGGCCCCGGCCUCUACGGAGGAAUGGCCUCCACCACCAGCACCCCGAACUUCGGGGCCCUUACGCAGAAUCAGGGACCAUCUGGACUGACGAACAGACCACCCAACAUGUCUGCCUUGGACAACCUGUUUACACCCAACAAGCCCAAAGUCCCUCUCAAUCAAAUAGGCCCCCAGGCGGCGGCGGCGGCGGCGGGAGGCGGCAGCCCCUGGGUGAGUCAGUUCGGUCCAGGUCAGAACGCUCAGACCCCGAUGCAGGGCGGGGCCGUCGGGAUGGGGGGCGUGCCCAGCGGCUUCGGCAUGCAGGCCAACCCUUCUUCAGCCCGCAGAACUUUUCCCAACCAGCCGCUGCCCCGAGCGGCGUGAAACAGAGCGCGUCUGUGAACAAUGACCUGCAGGACUUAUUUGGCUGAAAACGACGAGGUAUAUUCUUUCACAGACUGCGGGGAGAAGAGCUUUGAAUUAUCACCGAGCAGGACGCUGAAUGAUUGUGGAGCACUUAAAAGAGGUGUUUUUUGUAUUUUUAAUCUGGUCUAAUUUUACGUGUCGUGCUCCCGUUCUGCUGGAGGAUUAAACCCGUACCGACAGUUUGGUGUUGGUACUAGUUACUUCUUCGCUUCGGUCUGUCAAUGCUGGGGGGGGGGGGGUUUCCUACUGUUUUUUCUACUUUCCCAGGCAAAUAUAUUGGGUCAAGAUGAAUUUAAAUUUGGCUCAUUCCAGACUGUCCGAAUGGAAGGAGAAUAUUUUACUUGAAGAACAAGAUUUUUUUUCUUUUUCAUUUUCAUAGAAAACACAGUAUGCUCACUUUACAUCUGUUCACGGUCAAGCUUCUGUGCUUUCAGAGAGUAUUUUAGGAUUUUUGGAGCUUGUUUUAAAAGGGAUCAAGGUGUUUGGCUGAGGAACAAGGGGUCUGAGUUCAGGUAGGCUCGGCUGGACCCAGAAAAGAAUCGAGUGAUCUGCGUCCAGCGUGUCCCGUAAUAGCGGUUUCAGAUGCAAACUUUCCUCACUUCGCCCACAUGUGAUGGUGUGUGUGUUUCUUUGAAGAUCAACUUGGACAAUCCUGGGCUCCAUACUUUUGUAACAUGACCAAAACUAUUUCCGUUUCUUUUCCUGACCACCAUUUGCUGCCAUUUCAUCAGCUUUGCAGGCAAAUCUCCUAGUUUCUGUUAUUGCAGAGCGAUUUCUCCUCUCUGGGUCGGCUCGCUGUGGAGUGGCUGUUACUGCCGUGUCCUAAGAAAUCCCAGCGCGAAAGACGCACUGCUUUUGUUCUCGUGCCUUACCAGGGUACACGUCUUAGGCUUAGCAGCGCUCGGUUGUUACACAGGUAGGCAUGGGCUGGGAGGGAAUACUCAUGCUAUUAUUAACGCAAAAAAAUUAUAAAGGGUGUAAUCGCUUUUAGUUAAAACAGGAAAAUCAACGACGGUUCUUACUGCUGCUAAAAUGAGACCAUAUAAUUUUGACUGUAUGGUUAAUUAGUUGUGUUGUCUGUGUGUGUGAAACAGCAGUUGUUGAGCGUUUUUAUUAGAGUUGACAUUUUAGGCUUUAGCGAUUCAAAGGGUUAGCGUUACUCAAGCAACAAUCUCACUGGGUAUUCCAGAGAAUGUAAACCCCUUCCAGUUUAAUCUGAGCGUUCACAAAAAGCUGCCAACAUUUCCAAAUCCAAACAUCUGAUGGGAUAAAACGGAGGAACUUUCCUGUACUUGUUCAGCCUUCUUGUUAUCUGCUCUAAGUCUUGCUCUCUCUAGCUCUCAUGGCCUGUACCAACCCCAAACAUGCCGUUGGAAACACGUUUUCCUUUUAAAUAGUUCCUUGCAUCUCUGGAUUUCCUGUGAAAUUAGUUUUAACAUCUCACUGAUACUGUCUUCUUUACCAAGUAUCAACUUCUACACUGAUGGUUGUCAUCACUGUAACCAGGAUGCAUUGAGAUGAAUUUACGAUCACAGAUCAGGGAUAGCUAGCAGCUGAUCUCUAAUGUGGAUUUCUGUAACAUUUAUUAAGUUGCAGUGGUAGCCAGCCUUCGUCAGAUGCUCAACAGACGUGCCACUUUUAAAGCUGUAGUUUUAAAACAGUUUUAGCCUUAAUAACAAGGCUGGACGGCGCUCCUUUAGUUUCCAAACUAUGGCUUUCUUUCUUUGUUUGUUGCAGCCAGAAAUAUUUCCAAACAGCCAAAUUUGUCUCAAGUGAAGGAGUCUGCUUUCAGCCAGCUGACUGCUAGUGUUCAGCAACAAGUCAGGGAAGUGUUGCUCACUCUAUACAAAAUAAUAAAAAUAAAAAAUCUCUGCUUGCCUCGUCACUUUCUCCAGCAUUGCUAGGGGGAGAUUAUAAUAGGAAAGUUUAGCGAUUAUUGAACCGGUUCCUUUUUAAUAUCUUGGCGUACGUUGCUAGUGCUAGCCGACUCAUGCCUACACAAAGGUAUUUAUAUUGUCACAGUGCGUAUGACUUGCUUAGCUACAUUUCACUGACCACAUCAAUUAACAAAAUAAUAAUUUAUCAAUAAAUAUUUACUUUUUCUAUUGACCAAUCAUAUCUUAUUUUUACAUGAUCUCUGCUCAUAAACUGUGGAUCAGAAUCUAAGGCUAUAUAUUCCUAUUCUGGCACUUUUCAGCAUCUGCUGAUCUUGUGCGUUAAUAAAAAAGUGUAAUUAUCUAGUAAUUUGGAACUGGACAGCUCCAUGAGGUCCUUGGCAUCCUUUUUUUGUUUUUUUGUUUUACGAUUUUGGGAAUGAGGCCUUAGAUGAGUCGAGUGCAAUAAUCCUUUUCGGUUCUUGAGGGUGCAAAUUGUUUGUCGGAACCAGCUCUCGUUUGUGUCUGUACCUUUCUCUGCCGACCUGCAGCAACUUCACUGUUCUGUCAGAUUUGAUCAACGACUGGAUAUAUUCACUCUGAAUUAAACAUUUUGGGUAUUUUUAGCUGCACCUUGCUCACGCUGAUUUUGCUGAUGAUUGUCGUUUUAUUUAAUGUGUUUCAAAAAAUAAACCUCGCUCUCCGGGUUCUGUUCAUUUCUGCGUUGUUAACCGUCUCUUUCCACCUGAGGCAGUUUUGGCUAAGUUGAUGUGGUGGUUGUUUAUUUCACAUGUUGUAGCAGAACCCCAAAGCGAACAGAAACCAGGUCUUUGAUUGGAUCGUUUGUAAACUACUGCUGUCCUAUAUGUGAAGUGUGAGCUUUGUUUUGUGUCCAGGUGCUGGUGGUUCCAUGAAGAUCUGUACAUAUAUAAAAGCAUACAAUCUAAUAUUCUCAAA